AUGAUAUCGAAGCACAGGUUAAGGCUCUUCCUCUUGAUAGUUGUUGCACUAGUUGGGUUACACUUUCUCACUACCAACAACUUCAGCAAUCAGGACUUGCAACGAAUACUUGAUGAAUCAUUGAAUAAAAAGCCCGCAAGUAACAACCAUAAACAGCCUUCUCCUGGGAAGGAUAUUCCUCAGACUCCAAACCAGCAAGACAGUUCCAAACAACAGUCUGAUUCAACGAAAGCGAACUCGAAACUGAAACCCAAAAACCCAAAGAUUGAUGAUUAUACCAUAUUUUUUGAGGAUCUCGAAAGAUACCAGAUAAAUCAACCAUCAAUUAAGGAUAGGUACAAGGAAAAAGAUCAAAAAGCCAAGGAGCUUUUUUCCACUAGUGAUUCGUUUUUGUUCAAUAAAGAGUAUCUUGAGAACGUGUUGGAUAUAUCCGAAAAGACUUUUGACGAGAUGAAGGCCAGUCACACGAUGUACGUGAAUGAACGCAUACCACAGCUUCUCAAUGAGGGAGUUGUCACAUUUGGUAAAAUGGUUCCCAGUGAUCCAGAUUGGAAUAUUUAUGAAGGGUCGUCAGGCUAUGUGUUAGUUGGUGGAGGCAGAUAUAGCUGGUUGUCGUACCUUGUUAUAAAACAAUUACGUGCCACGGGUGCCCAAUUACCAAUUGAAUUAUUUCUUGCAACGGAGGACGAUUAUGAAAAGAACUUUUGUGAACACAUAUUAAGAACGUACAAUGCCAGGUGUAACGUGUUUGAUAAAAACUUGGCUCAAGAUUUGCUAACGAGAUUCAACAUCGGAGGAUAUCAAUACAAAAUGUUGGCAUUAUUAAGUUCAAGGUUCGAAAAUGUGUUGUAUUUGGACUCCGACAACUUUCCCACGAAAAAUGUGGACUACCUUUUUACUUCUGAUUUGUACAAGAAAAACAAUUUGAUUUUAUGGCCUGAUGCUUGGGCUAGAACCACCAAUCCUAUGUAUUACGAUAUCGCUGGUGUUGAAGUAAGGGAGAACAAACUUCGGUACAGUGCAUACGAUAUCAAACAAGCUGGAGGAAAGGAAAACCUUCGUCCAAUGUCAGAAUACACUUUUGAAAACUCCUGGUUCCACGAUUUUGAUGGAACGUUACCCGAUCCAACUUCGGAGACUGGAAUGUUUAUGGUCAACAAAACUAGUCAUUUGAAAACAUUACUUCUUUGUUUGUACUACAAUGUGUUUGGUCCUAAUUAUUACUACCCAAUCUUGACUCAAGGUUCAGCAGGGGAAGGUGACAAGGAGACUUUUAUUGCUGCAGCGCAUGCGUUGAAUGAACCAUGGCACCAGACAUUGAAACAAUUUCAGUGGACUGGUUACCAUUCAAAAGCAACAAAUUCCUUUAAGUCGAAAGCAUUGGCCCAUUACGAUCCAGUUCAAGCAUCAACAGAUUCGAAGAAUGUUGACGUUAUUUUUAUGCACUUGUCGUACCCUAAGUUCUAUCCGAAUUGGUUGGUGGAUAAUCAUGAUCUUAUUUACGAAAAUUCAGAUGAGCAUAUACGUAUGUAUGCUGGUGUUAAGGAAAAUGUUGGCUAUGAUUUUGAUUUACGCGUGUUGCAAUUUUUCACUGAAAGUAUUUGUCCAAACUAUUAUGGGUCUAAUGGAAAAGCCAUUGAUGAGGAUGUUUCUUUGACUAAAGACACCACAUAUAUGGGAGAGUAUCUUCAGUACAUCAAGGACGAAGAGCAAAACAAUAUCAAACGAUGUGAAGAAGUGUUUAUUCCACAUUUGAAAUGGUUAAAGGAAACCAAGGAUGCUAAAGAGUCAAAAGAUGAUACCAAAGCCUAA